CCUUCCUGGCAACGAGGUGCCUGGGCGCGGAGCCUGGGAGCAGGGUGCACAGAGGUCAGAUGCAGCGGGUCGGGAUGGCCCAGCGCAGGGCCGUGCAGCUGUCCCCGAAGAAGCCCAGCCAUGCCGUGUGCGCUGUGGGGGUCGAGACACACCUGGACGUUCACAGUGAUGUGCCCGAGGGCGCUGAGAACUUUGGGGUUUCUGGGAGCUCCGGGGUGAAGAUCUUCAUGGUCUAUGACCCAGCGCGGGUGACAGAGCCGACAGGCAGGGCCUACUGGCCCCUGGAUGCCAGCGUGGAAGUGGUCAUAUCCGUGGAUGCAGCCAGUAAGGCUUUAAACGACCUCAAGGUGAAGAUCUCCUACUUCGGGCAGCCGGCGCGCGGGGCCCUGGGCCACAGCGUGCUCUACCUCACAGGCGCAGACAUCUCCCUCGACGCUGACACUGGCCGCACGGGCAAGGUGAAAAGGAGCCAAGCCGACAAGGAACGCUGGCGCUGGGGCCCUGAGGGCUAUGGGGCUGUCCUGCUGGUGAACUGCGACCGGGACAGCCUCAGGUCCGAAGGGACAGACCUCACCGACACCCAGCUGGCCUCGCGGGAUGACCUGCAGGACUUGUCCCCAGUGGUGCUGACCUGCGAUGCCCCUGAUGCACUCUUUGAGAGCUACAAGCUGGUCUUGAACGUGCCGCCUUCUGAUUCCAAAAGAAUGCGGGUCUUCUGCGCCCGGGGUGGGAAUUCCCUCCUGGACUAUGAGCAGGUGCUGGGGCCCCAGCACCUGUCCUACGAAGUGGCCCGUCAGCCCGGGGAGCGGAAGAUCCGCCUCUAUGUGGAGGGGCUCAGCUUUCCCGAUGCUAAUUUCUUGGGGCUGGUCUCCCUCAGCGUCAGCCUGGUAGAUACCAAGACCCUGCCUGAGGUGCCCCUCUUCACAGACACCGUGGCCUUCCGCGUGGCCCCCUGGAUCAUGACCCCCAACACCCAGCCCCCCCUGGAGCUGUAUGUGUGCAGUGUCCUAGACUCUCAUGGCCCGAAUGCGCAGUUUCUGAGUGACUUGUCCGAUCUGGCACUGAAAGCCAGCUGCAAGCUGAUGAUCUGCCCUCGGGUUGAGAACCGAAAUGACCGCUGGAUCCAGGAUGAGAUGGAGUUUGGCUACACUGAGGCCCCACACAAAGCCUUCCCCGUGGUCUUCGACUCCCCCCGAAACAGAGGCCUGAAGGAUUUCCCUUAUAAGAGGAUACUGGGUCCUGACUUUGGAUAUGUAACCCGGGAAAUCCAGUCCACCGGUGUCUCUGGCCUUGACUCCUUUGGCAACCUGGACGUCAGCCCUCCAGUUGUGGUGGAGGGCAAGGAGUAUCCCCUGGGCCGGAUCCUCAUCGGCAGCUGCCUCCCCAGCAGGUCUGGCGGGCGGCGCAUGGCCAAGGUGGUACGUGGCUUCCUGGGUGCCCAGCAGGUGCAGGCGCCCGUGGAGGUCUACUCCGACUGGCUCUCUGUGGGCCACGUGGACGAGUUCCUCAGCUUUGUGCCCACCUCCGACCAAAAGGGUUUCCGGCUUCUCCUGGCCAGCCCCAGCGCGUGCCUCAAACUGUUCCAAAAGAAGAAAGAGGAGGGCUAUGGGGAAGCAGCCCAGUUUGACGGCUUAGAGCACCAGGUGAAGAGAAGCAUCAACGAGAUGCUGGCCGACAGGCGUCUCAGGAAUGACAACCUCUACGCACAGAGGUGCAUCGACUGGAACCGGGAGGUGCUGAAGCGGGAGCUGGGCCUCACCGAGCAGGACAUCGUGGACAUCCCGCAGCUGUUCUCCCUGAAGGAUGCCCAUGCAGAAGCCUUCUUCCCCGACAUGGUGAACAUGGUGGUCUUAGGCCGGCACCUGGGCAUCCCCAAGCCCUUCGGGCCCAUCAUCAACGGCCGCUGCUGCCUGGAGGAGGAGGUGCGGUCCCUGCUGGAGCCGCUGGGCCUCCACUGCACCUUCAUCGACGACUACUUAGCCUACCACAAGCUGCUCGGGGAGAUCCACUGCGGCACCAACGUGCGCCGGAAGCCCUUCCCCUUCAAGUGGUGGCACGUGGUGCCCUGAGCCAGCCCGCCCGGCGUCCUCCCGACCCCCCGCCAGGGAAGCCAGCCAGCGUGAAGAGCCUCCACCUGGCCGCCAUCCUCGGGGGGCCGUGUGCGCCCCCCCGCAAGCGCCCCCAAGCGUGCUAGUCGCCACGGGUACCAGGAUACAGGGAGGGUCACCGCCACUCAGCUCGAGAAGGAUGGCCCUCCUCGCCCCCUUGCCUCUUCCCCACCCAUGGCUCCCAGAGGUUCUGGAGAUGGUCAGCAGCCUUAGCACGGUCCGGGGUGGUCACGCGUGCCCUCGGGGGUGCCUCAACUUCAGUUGCCCACCUCGGUUCUGAGAUGAUUCCCUCCGUGUUUGCACCAAGAAUGGGGCCCACAAGGCCUGGGCCCUGGGUCUCUAGGCCACCUGAGACUCGAGUAAGACCAGGAAGAGGGACUUGGGGCCCCUCUUUCCUUUACCAGCUACUGUCUCCUGCAGCAGACCCCCAGGCUGUAACCUCCCGGCAUCCCUCAACCAUAUUUACACAGGCAAAUCAGGACAGGAAAACUCGGUGUCCCUGGGCCUGUUUUAAAAAGAAAAGGCAUCAAAACCCCUGUUAAUGCCUGCCUCCAUCCUCAGAAGGGUGCUUGUUUCCUGUUUGGAAAGCCUUUAAUUAUCUGGCUCAGACAACACGGAGAGGCCAGGGCGAGGAGGCAGGCCUGGCGGGAGGGGGACCCGCUUCCGCCCCCGCAGCCUCCCAGGCUUUGAAGUCUGGGCUCCGAGUGAGAUCAGGCCUGGCUGAUCCAGACCCAGCAAGGAGGGGAGGCCCCGAUGUCAGAGAGGGUGGGAGGGACCAUUAGGUUAUCUCUGCGGGUGCGGUUUAAUUUCCUUUAAUAGCCCUUAAUUAUUCCCCUGGCUCUGCAGGCAGUGGGAGGGAAGGCUCGCCCAGUCUUUCCCAGCAGCUCUGCCACCCGGCAUGCGACUUGGGUUCCACCUGUGAGGAAGGGCCCUGUGUGCGCCCCCCACCCCCGGGAGGGAAGGCGGAGCUGCCACGGGGAGCUGGCAGCCUGGCCCCGGGUGAGGGCACCGAGACGGGCACAGGCAAGCCGGCGGCGCACAGGGCUGGGGGCCUCCCGCGACAAGCAGGGGCAGGGGGAACCCGCCUGCCUUCCUCCCCCCAGUCUCUGGGGCCAGCCUCGAAGCUCUGAGCCCCUGGUUCCCACUGAGACUCAGACCGAGCCUCCUGCCCUUUAAACCCUCUUAACCAUGGACCACUUGGCCAUCAGAGGCGCCUCGACCACAGAUAUUGGCCUGUGAAAUGGAUGAAAACCGAGCGGCUCUGGUUUCGGGGGCGGGGCGGGGUGCCUGGUUCCUGCCCCUCCAGGAGGCUCCGCGGAACCCGAUUUGCACGCCCUGGUCUAACCUGGGCGCCUUCCGCUCACCAUCCUGAUGUCCCUGGGCUGAGCCAAGAGGGGAAGGCGGCUCUUCAGCUGCCAAAGGUGUGCAGCCAGGGUUCGGGGUAAGGGCCGCUGGCGGGAGGGGAGCGGGCGUUAUGAGGG